AUGGGCGACACGACGAAGCGCAAGUCCGGUCGUUCGGACGACCCCUUCGACGGCGAGGGUGGUAAGAGCGCGAAGAAAUCGAAGAAAGAAAAGAAGGAGAAGAAGACUCGGGAGAAGAGAAGCGACGAUGAAAGCGAGGACAAAAGUAAUCACAAGUCUUUUCCGGCGGCGUCGUCGGGGAAAACUGAAACGCCGCCGCCGACGACGACGAAGAAACGAGCUUUCCGUUUACGCUUAAAAGGGAUCGCUCCGAACACGGACAAAGCGCAAGUCGCGCAAUUUUUAUUGGUGAGCGAAUCGUGCGUGCGAAACGUCUUUCACGGCGAAGCGAUCGUGAUGGUUGAUACCGAGGAAGCGUUUCAACGAUGCGUGGAGAAGGACGACGAGAAAUUAAAUGGCCGGUUUGUGAAGGUGACGGACGAAACGAACGGGGCGCGGAGCAAUCUAGGCAGGAACUUCCUCACGCCAGGGAACAACGGCGAGAACAAUGCAGAGGUGAAGAGGAAAACGACGACGAACGAACGAGAAGGACGGGAUUGGACGUGCGAGAAGUGCGGCGGGGAAAAUUUCGCGAGACGGGAGACGUGUUAUAAGUGCGCGGCGGGGAAGUACGGGGAACAGCGAGAGACGCCGCCGGUGAUGAAAACGAGCGCGAGCAUCAAUACUGCCGUCGUUAAAAAACAAAACAACGCCGGAGAUAGAAUGGUCGCGCAAGGGUCCGAACAAGAAGGCUACGAGGUGUUCGUGAAGUAUUUACCGAAAAACGUGGACGAGAGCGACAUCGCGGAUUUCUUCAAGCGCUGCGGCGAGUUGAAGGAAGAGGUGAACUUGUUGAGAGACCAAACGACUGGAAGUAGUAAAGGAGCUGGGUUUUUGACGUUUAGAAACGCGGAAUCUCGAGAAAAGGCGUUAGCGAUGGAUGGGGAACGGUUUUUAGAUCGGACCGUCUCGGUGACAGUUGCGAAAAAGUCACCGUUUGGGACGAGAGGAACGACGCAGGCGUUGGGGACGCAUACGCCGGCGAUGUUGAGGGAAACGAUCGAUAGUUUAGGCAUAGCAAAUGAUCCAAACGGGAUAUAUAUAGAUGGUACGUUCGGGAGAGGAGGCCACACGCGCGGGAUACUAAACGCGCUUGGGAAGAAUGGGCAACUCCACGCGUUUGAUUUAGAUCCGGAAGCGAUUACAGUCGGGAGAGCGUUGGAGAAGGAAGAUUCGAGGUUUCACAUGCACCACUCGCCGUUCGGAAGCAUGUUCAAAGUUAUGCGAGAGAAAGAUUCAAAAGUAAAGGUUUCGGGCGUCUUUCUCGAUUUAGGCAUUUCUUCGCCGCAGUUUGACGAUAAGUCUCGCGGGUUUCGACCGGAACAGGACGGGCCUCUGGAUUUACGAUUCGACGUGACGAGCGGCGUGAGCGCGUACGAUUUUCUCCUGAAAGUUUCCCGAAACGAUUUACGAGAUAUUAUAUUCAAAUAUGGGGAAACAAACGACAAACUGUCCGCGCAACGCAUCGCGGAUGCCAUCGUCUUAGCUCGAGAUACCAACGCGCUUCCGAAGACGACCAAAGCGUUCGCGACGCUCGUGGCGAACGCGAAAGGCGCGGAGUACCAAGCUAUGCAUCCUGCGAAAAUGACCUUUCAGGCGCUGCGCAUUCAUUUGAACGAAGAAUUCGACGAGUUUCGCAGAGGUAUGGAAGGUGCGAUGAAGUUAUUGAAAGAGAAUGGCAAAUUGGGCGUUUUGACGUGGAAACAUUCCGAGUGCGCGAUAUUGAUUGAAUAUUUCCGAAAAGUCGAGAAAGUGCGCACCAACGCGCCUAUUUUCGAGUGGUUGAAAACAAAUCACGAGAAGUCGGUGACCAAGCUAUUAGAGAAGGACGACGACGACGACGACGCUUGGGCGGCGGAAAUGGACGAUUGUAAACGCCCUGCGGAUAUAGAAAUGCGCACAAACUCUCGAUCGCGAUCGGCUAUUUUGCACGUCUUGAGGAAAAAAAGCAGCGCGGCGCGAAUGGUGGAAGCCGAGAAAGCGGCGUAUAAGAAAUUGAAAUGGGAGAAUAAAAAAUAG